AUGGCCACGACACAAGCAUCCUCUGCGCUCUCUGAGCAGGCGCAGGCCAACUUCGAUCUUGGCAUCUGGCACACGCUCUUCAACUGGCCCACCCUCAGCGUCGCCGUGCAGAACCAAUGGGGCGGGCCCGACUCCUCGGACAAGCGCGACUGGCUCGCCGGUGCCGUCUCUGACCUGUUCGCUUCCAAUCCCGCCACCGACCAAGAAGACGUCGAGGUCAUGCUGCUGCAGGUCCUCGAGGACGAAUUCGGCGUGCGCCUGGAGGACGAAACCGAGGUGGGCGUGGCGCGCGACAUACUGGCCAUCAAGAACGAGGUGCACGAGGGCAACUUCGCGACCGUGGACGCGUUGAAGGCGCGCUGGGAGAGCCGGAAAGGCAGAGAGGUCAACACGGGCAGUGUGCAGGUCAACGAGGUCGAGCACGAAGGAGAGUGGGACAGCGUCGACGACGAGACCGACGACGACGAAGAUGAGGUCAUGGGGGAUGCGCCUGCUGCUGCGGCGGCACCGCCCAAGGAGAAGCCUGCGCCCGAGGUGGACGAAGACGGCUUCACCAAGGUGGUGGGGAAGAAGAGAAGGUGA